AUUUUGACAUCUGUUUAAUGCUGACAACAUGACGCCGCUAAUUUUUGACAAUUUGCUUUGUAAUCAUGGCGUCCGAAAGAUACAGUUUCUCUCUCACCACUUUUAGCCCUUCAGGGAAAUUAGUUCAAAUCGAAUAUGCGUUAGCUGCCGUAGCCGCCGGCGGCACGUCCGUCGGUAUCAAAGCAUCCAAUGGCGUAGUAAUAGCCACAGAAAAUAAGCACAAGAGCAUUCUGUACGAUGAGCACAGUGUCAACAAAGUUGAAAUGAUUACCGGACAUAUUGGCAUGGUCUACUCCGGUAUGGGCCCAGACUACCGUCUCCUUGUUACGCAAGCCCGCAAGAUGGCACAGCAGUAUUACCUGAUGUACCACGAGCCGAUACCCACUGCCCAGCUCGUGCAGCGAGUGGCUACAGUCAUGCAGGAGUAUACGCAGUCAGGUGGCGUCCGUCCGUUCGGCGUGUCUCUGCUGAUCUGCGGCUGGGACAACGAGCGGCCGUACCUGUUCCAGUGCGACCCCUCUGGAGCCUACUUCGCGUGGAAGGCCACCGCCAUGGGCAAGAACUUUAACAAUGGCAAGACUUUCUUGGAGAAGAGGUACACAGAAGAACUAGAAUUGGAUGACGCAGUCCACACAGCAAUCCUCACUCUCAAAGAGGGUUUCGAGGGUCAGAUGACAGCAGACAACAUCGAAGUGGGCAUCUGCGACGCCAGCGGGUUCCGUAGGCUCGAGCCCGCGCACGUCAAGGACUACCUCGCGAACAUCCCCUAAUGCAAUUAUAUGUGCUCUUAAUAUUAACCAGUGUUUUAUUCUGAUAAUAAAUAUGUUUUUGUAAUUU